GCCAGUUAUGUGGUUAUUCAAGCAGGUAAACCGUAACGUGGACGCGCAUAGUAGAAACACGUUUUGUGAUUGCGCGCUCUGGCAGCAACGUGCACGAGUCGCGCGAACACUCGAGCGGUCCGGUGUAAAUCACUGCAAUGGCAGAAGAGUAGGGGAGGAGGGUUGAGGACACCGGCUCCAGCACUGCCUCCUCUUUGCCUGAGAGCGCACAACAGAGUAGACACACGGGAGGCAGUGUACAGAGCACCAUCACAGGCGUACAGAGCACCAUCACAGGUGUAACAAAGGGACGCAUGGUUCUUCCAAGACAUUAAAUGAAUAACCGAUUCACUAAUUAAUUGCGCUAACAGAUACGUGUGACUGCAUCUGUCCUCUCCUAUAAGGGUGUAAUAGCACUGUACAGUCAUGGAGCUGGAGCACUUUGAUGAGCGGGACAAGGCUGACCGAUACACCCGAAGGGGCUCAAGAGGAAAUGGGCUCCCCAGUCCCACACACAGCGCUCACUGCAGCCUCUACAGAACCAGGACACUACAAGCACUGAGCUCAGAAAAGAAGGCAAAGAAAAUUCGUUUCUAUCGAAAUGGGGACCGCUACUUCAAAGGAAUUGUGUAUGCCAUUUCUCAGGAGAGAUUUGGGUCUCUAGAAGCACUCCUGGCUGACCUCACAAGAGCUCUGUCGGAUAAUGUCAACUUGCCUCAAGGAGUGCGGACCAUAUAUACCAUUGAUGGGACAACAAAGAUCACAAGCAUGGACCAGCUAGUGGAAGGAGAGAGCUAUGUUUGUGCAUCCAUAGAGCCGUACAAGAAGGUGGAUUACACAAAGAAUGUAAAUCCCAACUGGUCAGUUGGUGCUAGGACUCCUGUGUCCAUCCGUGACCCUUCUUCCCUUGGUAGUGCAAAGGCUGGACCCCCAGAAACUAGGGAGAGCAAGGACUUCAUUAGGCCAAAACUGGUAACCAUUGUGCGCAGUGGAGUAAAGCCUCGCAAAGCUGUACGGGUCUUGCUCAACAAGAAGACGGCACACUCUUUUGAGCAAGUCAUGUCUGACAUCACAGAUGCCAUUAAGCUGGACUCUGGAGUCGUCAAAAGGCUAUAUACUGUUGAUGGCAAGAUGGUCAACAGUCUUCAGGACUUUUUUGGUGAAGAUGAUAUAUUCAUUGCUUGUGGCCCAGAAAAGUUUCGUUAUCAAGAUGACUUCAACUUGGAUGAAAGUGAAUGCAGGGUGGCAAAGUCUGCAUCAUAUGGCCGACUCCCCUCCAUGCAGGGUACCUCUUCCCCAAGAGGUGGCGGGAUGUCCCGAAGGAGCAAGUCACCGUCAUCCACUAGUUCAGCUAAUGGAACUGCAGGCAGUCAGCUGUCUACGCCUCGAUCUGGAAAGUCUCCAAGCCCCUCUCCCACCAGUCCAGCUAGCCUGCGAAGACGACAGGGAUCUCAGCACAGUGGCUCUUCACUCUCUUUAGCUUCUACCAAGGUUUGCAGCUCAAUGGAUGAAGGAGAUGGGCCCAGCAGUGAUGCUGAGCUGAUGAAUGAGUACCCCUCGGUCCCUGCCUCCAUAACGGAGAGGUACAAAGUGGGGAGGACUUUAGGGGAUGGGAACUUUGCUGUGGUUCGAGAAUGUGUGGAGAGAUCGACUGGAAGAGAGUAUGCUCUGAAAAUCAUCAGCAAAGAUAAAUGCAGGGGAAAGGAGCACAUGAUCCAGAGUGAAGUGUCGAUCCUUCGCCGGGUGAAACAUCCCAACAUUGUACUUUUAAUUGAAGAAAUGGACACCCAUGGUGAACUCUAUCUUGUAAUGGAGUUGGUAAAGGGGGGCGAUCUCUUUGACGCAAUCACCUCUUCUAACAAAUACACAGAGCGAGAUGCCAGCUGUAUGCUCUUUAAUCUGGCAAGUGCCAUCAAGUACCUGCACAGUCUCAGUAUUGUCCACAGAGACAUAAAACCAGAAAACCUGUUGGUCUAUGAGCACCAAGAUGGUAGUAAAUCUCUAAAACUAGGUGACUUUGGUUUGGCUACUGUUGUGAACGGGCCCCUCCAUACCGUGUGCGGCACACCCACCUAUGUAGCACCAGAGAUUGUUGCUGAGACAGGAUAUGGCCUUAAGGUUGACAUCUGGGCAGCUGGUGUCAUCACUUACAUACUGCUGUGUGGUUUUCCACCUUUCCGUGGCUGCGGUGAAGAUCAGGAGGCUGUCUUUGAGCAGAUUUUAAGGGGCCAGCUUGAUUUCCCAUCACCAUACUGGGACAGUGUGUCUGACACUGCCAAGGCUCUGGUCAGUGGGAUGCUGCAGGUAGAGGUGGAUAAGAGAUACACGGCUGUACAGGUGCUUGAUCACUCCUGGGUCAAUGAUGAUGGCGUGUCAGUGAGCGAGCAGCAGCUGCCUGUUGCUGGUAAGAUCAAGAAGCACUUCAACACUGGCCCCAAGCUCAACAACACUGCAGCAGGAGUGUCAGUCAUUACAACCACGUCACUUGAUAAGGAGAAGCAAGUUUUCCGACGAAGACGCCACCAGGAUGUGAAGUCCACUCCCCACCUCCCACACAGUAUCGGUGCCUGCACCUCCCACAGUGCUAACCCCAGCCUCUCCCCUGCUGAUUUCACCUCUGAGUCUGAAGACUAUUCCCCAAGUUCAGCUGACACUGUCCGUUCACCCACCUCUCCAUUCUAGCAGCCUUCUUGAGGCCACAGCACCGUCUACCCCUCCAUGUAAAAAUGGGAAAGGGUGGAGUGCAAAUCAGAAAAACCUGACAUUGGGUUCAGUCCUCUGACUUGUACGUUCACAAACUAUAUUAACUUGUACCAAUUUUAUUUUAUUUUUUUUCCCAGUAAUACUUUUUGAACUUACAAAAUAAGUUGAUCAGAGUAAAGAACAAGUUAGUCUUUGGAUGAAACGAUAUACCGUAGGAGCAUGCAACAAUUUUUAAUGUACUUUCCCUUUUGUUUUUUAAAAACAGCCAAACUGUUAAGCCUUGUUUCUACCCAGCAAGCAUUGCUUCAUUAUAGUACUGUAGAGCCCUCUAGUGGUUUAUAUUGUAAACUGCAGGAAAGAUGAUUUCAUGAAACAUUUAGCUUUUUAACAGUGUAAAUGCAAAAACAGUUAGCAUCUAAAUAUUACAUUAUUGUGAUAUGUUCAGUGCAUAUCAGCUGCCAUACAGACUUGAAUGCAAAUUCUUGUUUAACAGUGUCCCACUCAAUACAACAUCAACGGUAACGGACACCUUUCUGCUGUACUGAAUAACAUCUAUUCUGUGCUGUGGUGCUUUAGCUUCUGGUGCAUAAACCUUAGACACACUGAUGCUGCUAUAUUGUACCCUUAGCAUUAUCUGUACUUAACAGAUGUGUGUGUGUGUGUGUUCAAGACAAAUACUGUCCUGCUGGAGAAUUGAGGGUGCUAAUGUUUGUGUAUUGAUGGUCUAGUUUGUGUGCUUGAGGAUGAUUAUUUAAACAAUAGUUUUGUCAUGUUUGUUGGAGUGUGGCUGUAAUUUGGUGGCACAGAUGAAUGUCAGUGCUGUGUAGUUCAUAGUAAAAGCAUAUGUAAAACCUUGCCUUGGCACAAAUUCAUUUAAGUGCAAUUAGGUAUACUGCCCAAUGAGCACAGUAUCAGAUUUGUCCUUUGUAAUGCAGGAAUGAGUGACAAUGGUUCUGUUGCUGGUAUUAUUGGUAGCCUAGUGAAACAUUUCUCUCAGACAGGAGCAUUUGGCUCUUUCCAUUCACUGAAACAAUUUUGGUAAACACAGUGCUUCCAGUAAAAUCCAUUAUUUUAAUAUUAGUUCAUUUAUUCAGUACUGUUGUUGGAUGUGUUUGAUGUGAUUAGAUAAGAAAAAAACAACUAGACCAAGAAGCUUGGCUCACUAGCCUGUACAGUAUGUAAUGCAGCAUCCUCUGCAUCCUGAACAUUUGUUCCCUAGACACAAACUAUUGAUGGAUCUGAAUAUCUUCCUUGCUGUAACUUGCAUGUUUGCUAAUAUGCAUCCCAGUCAGCUCCGGUCUUUUACUUUUUGAUAUACACCAAAUAGAUAUGAUUCCACUUCUCUUGCCACUGUAUGAGCUUUUGGUGAAUGCAGUUAAGAUAAGGCAGACUAGUAAUACCACAGCUGAGCUGAGAAGUGUGUGUGUAUGUGUAUGGGUGUAUAUAUGUAUGUAUUUUAACAGGAAUGUAAUAUCAAUCCACUGACUUGUUAAGGGCUUUUAAGUUUUUGAUGUGAAGGGGCUGAGUCAGAAAGCACAAGGAAAGAAAGUUGAUAGUGACGAUGACUGUUUGGGAAUGUUUGCUCUCGAGAUUGUGGUUUUCAUCAUCUUAAAAGAUCAUGUUUAUAGAUGGUAUGCAAAGACAACUGAAAAUGUUUUGUUGAAGCAGAUGGCGAAUGUGAAUGCUGUAUUAUAUUCCAUUAAUGUAAGGACAAAAUACAGUCUGAAUUUUAAACUGUAAUACACUUGUUUUGAAUUUAUAUGGGGAAAAUCUGUUAUGGUUAAAAAGCAAACAUCCAACAAUGUACUCCAAAACCAGACCUGGGAAUAAAAA